AUGCAUGCAAUGGUAUGGUUUCAAAAUCGGCGCGCAAAAUGGCGAAAAGCUGAACGUCUGAAAGAAGAGCAAAGGAAGAGGGAUGGAAAUGCGAAUAUUACGGAUUCCAUCAAUUCCAGCGACAAGAUUGAGGAUAGAAGUAGAUCUAGCACCCCCUUAAACGGUCCUGUCUCACCGGGAAGUCCCGAUCCAGAUAAUAUUACAAGGCCAGGAUCAGCAAACUCGAUCCUCCAACAAACUCCAAAUUCAUCACCGAUUCGUUCCCAAGAUUUGAAUCAUUCGAGUGAUAACCCUCACGACCCCAACGGGGGCACCACAGAUACGUCCCUGACUGAUGGGGGGCCCGCUCAUAGGGCUCCAGAAAUACUCGGAGGCGUCGAUGUGACACGAAACGCUUCGGCGACACCCGAACAUAGGAUAAAUAGGAGCCCCAUGUCUUCGGUGAGUUGUCAUUCACCCUUGGAGACGGCUGCCCUUAGACAUCACGUUGCCCUCGGACCGCACUUUGGACACCAUAUAUUUUCAGGAUUUAGCGAAAGGGGCGGCUUUGAAAGGACCGCGCCCUCUCCGAAAAAGGGCGACCGAGAGGCUACGUCUUUAUCGGGGAAUCACUUCUUUUGUGAUGGAAUUGACACUGAAUGGGAUGAUGUUUAUAGAUUUAGUAGGUUGGGGGAUGAUACAGCUAUUAAGUCAUUAAGGAUUGCUUAA